UCGCGACAAUGAUUAUUCUCAACAAAUCAUAAGGAUAUUGGAACAUUAUAUUUUAUUUUUGGAGCUUGAGCUGGUAUAGUAGGAACUUCAUUAAGUAUUCUUAUUCGAGCAGAAUUAGGGCAUCCAGGAGCAUUUAUUGGAGACGAUCAAAUUUAUAAUGUAAUUGUAACUGCACAUGCUUUUAUUAUAAUUUUCUUUAUAGUAAUACCUAUUAUAAUUGGAGGAUUUGGAAAUUGACUUGUACCUUUAAUAUUAGGGGCUCCAGAUAUAGCAUUCCCUCGAAUAAAUAAUAUAAGUUUUUGAAUACUUCCUCCUUCAUUAACACUUUUAAUUUCUAGAAGUAUAGUAGAAAAUGGGGCAGGAACUGGUUGAACGGUAUAUCCACCACUUUCUUCAGGAAUUGCUCACGCAGGUGCCUCAGUUGAUUUAGCUAUUUUUUCUUUACAUUUAGCUGGAAUUUCUUCAAUUUUAGGUGCUGUAAACUUUAUUACUACUGUUAUUAAUAUGCGAUCUCCUGGAAUUACUUUAGAUCGAAUACCUUUAUUUGUUUGAUCAGUAGUAAUUACAGCUAUUUUAUUAUUACUAUCACUACCUGUUUUAGCUGGAGCAAUUACAAUAUUAUUAACAGAUCGAAAUUUAAAUACUUCAUUCUUUGAUCCUGCUGGAGGGGGAGAUCCAAUUUUAUAUCAACAUUUAUUUUGAUUUUUUGGGCAUCCAGAAGUUUAUAUUUUAAUUUUACCUGGAUUUGGAAUAAUUUCUCAUAUUAUUACACAAGAAAGAGGUAAAAAGGAAACAUUUGGAAAUUUAGGAAUAAUUUAUGCUAUAUUAGCAAUUGGAUUAUUAGGUUUUAUUGUAUGAGCUCAUCAUAUAUUUACAGUAGGUAUAGAUGUCGAUACUCGAGCUUACUUUACUUCUGCAACAAUAAUUAUUGCUGUUCCUACAGGAAUUAAAAUUUUUAGUUGAUUAGCAACUUUACAUGGAACUCAAUUAACUUAUAGCCCUGCUAUACUAUGAGCUUUAGGAUUUGUAUUUUUAUUUACGGUAGGGGGAUUAACAGGAGUUGUUUUAGCAAAUUCUUCUAUUGAUAUUGUAUUACAUGAUACUUAUUAUGUAGUUGCUCAUUUUCACUAUGUAUUAUCAAUAGGAGCUGUAUUCGCAAUUAUAGCAGGGUUUAUUCAUUGAUACCCACUACUUACAGGAUUAACAAUAAACCCUUUAUGAUUAAAAAUUCAAUUUUUUAUAAUAUUUAUUGGAGUAAAUUUAACAUUUUUUCCUCAACAUUUUUUAGGGCUUGCUGGAAUACCUCGUCGAUAUUCUGAUUUUCCCGAUAGAUAUCUAUCAUGAAAUAUUGUUUCUUCAUUAGGAAGAACUAUUUCUUUAUUUGCUAUUUUAUAUUUUUUAUUUAUUAUUUGAGAAAGUAUAAUUACUCAACGUACUCCUAGAUUUUCUAUACAAUUAUCUUCAUCUAUUGAAUGAUAUCAUGUUCUUCCUCCUGCUGAACAUACUUAUGCAGAACUUCCUUUAUUAACUAAUAAUU